CUUUAUUUAGCAGAAUUUAACAAGAAACAUAUAUUUCUUUCUGAAAUUAAAAAGAAAGCGUGUAUAAAUAAAAUGAACAAAUUAAAGGAUAAAAAAAUAUAGGAUCAAGAUAGCGAGGUUGAGGAGGAUGACUAAGAUUUUGAUCUUUCCUAGAAGAUUUAGCAAAAAUAGGCAGAAAUAGAAGAGCUCAGCAAAAAAAUAAGGUACAUGGAUCUUGAUUUCAAGAAGAAGGAAAUAGAGAUGAAUGCAUAGCUGGCAAAUGAGAAAUAGAGAGUAGAAGAAUUAUAAGAUAUCCUGUAGAAAAAAUUAGCUGACAUUAAGGAAAAUAAGGAGGCCGACGAAUUACAAAAACGAUUAACAAUAGUAGAAGAUGAGUUAUUUGAAAAGCAGUAAAUUGCUCAUGAAAUGCUUCGUUAGUUAACAGAUAUGGAAUAAGAAAAUGAAUAUUUAAAGAGUGAAGUUGAGAGACUGUCGUCUUCUUCGCCAUAAAAAAAUUAAAAUGAAGAUAUAGAUGUGGAUAAAAUAGUCAGUACAUGCAUGGAGUUGCAAAAACGUAAUGAUGAAUUGUAAACUGAGGUAGAAUAGAUAAAGAGAGGAGCCAUCGAUACUAUUGUCGAAAAGGAGAAAAUAAUUAUUGAGCUAUAGGAGUAACUAGAUGGACUUACAUAUAAUAUGCAAAACAUGGACUAAAAUAUGAUGAAUACAAACAAUGAGAUUCACCAAGAAGAGAUUGAGUCUAUCCGCAGGGAAUAUGAUCAAAGAAUACAGUUUUUAGAAGAAAGAUGCAUGGAUUUAGCUUAGCGCCUUGAAUAGGACUAACUUCAGCAUGAAGAACAAUUGAUGAAUUUAGAACAGCAAAUCACAGAGAGAGUACUUGAAAAUAUGCAGUAACAUAUAGACAGUGCUAAGAGCGUUGAAGCUGAUUUAAUGCAGUAAUUGCAAAUUGUUGAAGAAAAGUUAAGAAAUUAGGAAAAAUAUUUAAGUGAUUCUUAAAAGUUACUAUAAAAUACACGCGAAGAGUUUAGAAAAGAGAGAGAACAGUAUGAGGUUAAGAUUCGCAACUUGACUAAGCAAGCUGAGUAAUUAGAUGAAGUUAGUCGUUAGUUAAAAUAAGUUUCAAAGGAAUUUGAUGACUACCGUAAAUAAACUGAAAGAGAUAAUACUGAGAAGUUAAUCUCCUUAGAAAAGCUUCAGUAAAAAAGAGACGAACUGAUGAAAGUCCAGAUAAAUUUAGAUUCUGAAAAUAAAAGGCUAAAAGAAAACUUGGAGAACAGUAAGUAGACAAUAAGAAAUUUGGAAGAAUAGAAUGACUAGCUUUAAGAAAAAAUUGAUGAAAGCUCACGUGAUAUUCAUUACAGAAUCAAAGAGAUUACUGAAAGGUACGAAAAAGAAAAAACUGUUUUAGAAUAGGAGCUUAGAAACUAAGGAGAUCGUAUUAGAAAAUACUCAUCUCAUUCAAACAAUGGCGCUAUAAAAUCUACACCUUCUUAGGAGAUUCUUAGAUAAGUUACACCUCAGUAAAUAAGAAAAGAUUCAUAAAAUUUGGAAAAGAUUGAACAUUUGCAUUCAUCUAAUUAAGUUUAGUCCUUUAAUUAAGAAGCUUAAGAUGCUAACAGCAAAGAAUCGUCCUCAAGAAAAUCUAACGCUAGCGCUCCGAGAACCUCAAAUCCAAAAUAAACUCAACUAGGGUUCGAAUUCGAAGAUGAAGACUUCAGUAUUGAGGAGGAAAAGACAGAUAAACUUGAAAAAGCUAAUUUAAACUCAGAAUAAAAUGGAUAUUAAGAAAAAAGCCAAGAAAUUUUAGACUAAGACUUAUCACCUAACAACUAUGAGUCUUAAAAUUCGAUUGGAGAUCUUCCAGAGCAAAAAUUAUCAAUUUAAUCUUCUUCUAGCAAUUAAAAUCGCAGAAAGAAGGAGUCCUUUAAUAUAACUGAAGCAUCUAUAAAUCCACUGUAGCCUUAGAGAAACAGCGCUAGAAACUAAUUCAAAAAGUAAUUUAUGUUCCCCUAACAAAACCAAACCAACAAUUCUCCUUAAAGAGAUACUCUGACAUACGAUUAAAUAGCAAGAGGCUAUAACAUAGAAAACAUCAAUAUUUAAGAUUUAGUAAACGAGAACAUAGAUUUGAAACUAAGAAACUAGAAGCUUGAAUGCUCUAUAAAUGGACUUGAAGUAACUAUUGAAAAGCUCUAGAAUGAAGCUAAGCAAACUCUUAAAUAGCUGCAAGAAGUUCGCAAAGAAAAAGUAUUGACAAACAAAGAAGCAGAUUUGAUCAACGAGUUGAACUCCUUUAAAGCUCACUGCCACAGAGUUGAAACUUAGUUUGUUACUUAAAAAUUGUAGCUUACAGAAGAGUUGCAUUUCUAUAAAGAAGAAGUGCGCGUAUUGGAGAAAAUAGCUAAUGAAAAUAGGGAGUAGAUGCUUAAAUUAAGUCAAGACAAAGACUACUUCCAGCAGAAAUAUACAAAACUCAAAAAUAUAUUAAAAUAACGCCGUACAGGAGGAAGUGUGGGAGGAAACUCUGUAUUUGCAGAUAAUUAUGAAGUCGGUGUGCAGCAAUCAUAAAAGAAAAAAACAUUUUGGAUAUUUAAAUGA